UAAAUACUGUUUGCGCGUGCGUCGACAUUGAUGGAAAAGAUGGUCGAAUAUUUCUCAGUCGAUUAGAUGCAUGUAUAACAAAAUGCAGAAUACUGUUAAGGGUACUGAUUCAAAAAAUCUAAGGGAACAUGAAAAAUCAUUUCGAAAGGAAGAAAUGGCAAGUAAGAGCCUAGAACUUGGCCAUGAAGAAUUAGUGAAAUUAACGGAAGAAGCAAUUGACAAUAUAAUCGACAGCGAUCCGCUCCUUCAUGGCUUGCCAGCGAACGUUACAAUUGAAGAACUUAAGGCCCAAAUGGCGGUUGCGCAAGGGCAAGCAAUAACUGUAUAUUUAAAUCGCGGAGAAUUACCGAAACUUGGAAUUGUGGUACCACCUCACAACACUACAGUAUUGGAUCUUAAAAAAGCUAUAAAACGACAUACAACUUUGUCGUUGAAUAGAGAGAAUAUAAAAAAAAAAAUAAGUUGGAAACAUGUUUGGAAAAAGUACCACUUGUGUUUUGAAAGUGUAAAAUUAGUGGACGACAAAGAAAACAUUAAAACUUAUGGAAUUACAAAUAAAGCAGAGCUGCAUUAUGUAAAGAGACGCAGGGAAAAAAAUAAAUUGAUUAGGAAUACCUAG